CAAGCCGUUACUGUAGGCGGACCCAGUCAUCGCAGGCAGCUGAGCUACCGACCACAUGCCUCUCUUUGGCGCACAAGAUCGCGUGGACAGCCGCUACAUCACACUUCUGCCCACCGAGUAAUUUAUUUGGUGAAGAUUCUUUUGGCUUCUUUAGUUAUGGCAUAGACGCUUUUCAUUUUCCCUCUCCAGUUCCUUGCCCGACGACCCCUUCACGAAGGUCGGCCGCUUUCGGUAGCAUCAUCCCCAAGAUGUCGUCAACACCAUACCGAGAUGCCUCUGUAGGCUCGCGCAUAAGAUCACCAACCCGAGAACCGAGCGAAUACCAGCUAGACGAACUUGAACCGAAUCCCGAUAGAGAGCCUUCCAAACAUGUAUCCAUCGCAUAUGCCAAUCAUGCUCCAAGAAACAACCAGCGUUACUUCCGUGACGAGCAGUGGGAUUCGUGGAGUAAUAAAUCCCCCAGUGUGGCAGAAUCUCCUUCUAGCGAUCGAAGGCGUCCUAUGUUUACUCGACCGCCGCCGCCAAUAGCUCGAUCCAUUAUGAAACCGAGUCCUUUCCGUCCAGAGAGCGCUACCAGCCGACAAGAGGCCAGCCAUACGCCUCACCUUGCAUCGCAACUGGGCAGCCUGAUCUUUGAUCGACAACCUUCUCGUAACCGUCAACAAAACUCCUCUGAUACUGUUUGGCGCGGGCUAUACCGCCGAGAACGACUAAUAGAACAAGAAAUACAACAGCUGCUGGAUCUUCAGGCUACAGGCCUCAUCGCUGGUAGCAGUGCUGCGGAAGACAACAUCAGCGAUACUGGCAGCAGCACCCCCACCGGCACUUUUUAUUCAACAACUAGCACACAGUCACGCAUGAUGAACUCUCUCCAUAUUCCAACACGGUCUAACGCUGAUGGUAACAUUAUACCCGUUCGGCAGCCAACCAAAGGAAAACCUUUGGGUCUUCGUUCAGCCCGUGCUGGCCUGCGCAAAGCUAUGAGCUCGCUAGCUGAGCUAAAGCAAGAAGAAGACACCCAUGUAGAUGCUGCGCUUUUGGAUCGAAAGAGAGCACUGAUACAAAUAAAGCGAUUAUGGAAGCAAAAGCACGGUGUGGAGGAAGAACUGCAGAUAUUUGAAGAGGACGACGAGGAACCGUUGGGCAAAGAAAUGCGCGAACUCAGUCUGCAAUUCAACGCAGUUGAUGCUGAAGUUCGAGAACUAGAGGAGAAGCUUAUGGCACUGCGUAAUCAUCGACGAUCAUUACGCGAGCGCCUGGACGAUGCCAAGAACAGGCGCGAGGCUGGGUUGAGUGGUUACAAGGGUGCUUUGAAAGAUGCAAACAGGCAACUGGCUGCGAUAAUGCUUCACCCACCAGUACAGCCGUUGGACAAGCAGCUUAGGAAGAAAGGCCUCAUUGGAAGCUCUGGCGCAGACUCUCCUGGCGGGGACGAUUUCAUGCAGUUAAUUCCGGAACGCCGAACCGCAGAAAUGGCCCAAAGCUGGUGGGAGGGAGAGAUUGCUAUUUUGGAACAGCGACGACUACAAAUUGGCAAAGAGAAGGACGCCCUAGAGCAAGGAACAGAGAUAUGGAAAGAUGUCAUUGCGCUUGUUGGCACUUUUGAAGCCAAUUUGAGAAGCAUCAUGAAGCCUGGUGCAGCGCCGCAUUCAGCAACGGAAAAGGGAAAGAACAAAAUGCCUUCACAAGAAGAUAUUAUAUCUUCCCAGGUUGCUGAGAUGGAUGUGGUUGUUUCUAAGCUGCAACAAUAUCUCAACACGGCAGAAAGCAACGAGUGGAAUUUGCUCAUCUGUGCCAUAGGUGCGGAGUUGGAAGCGUUCCGCGAGGCACAAGACUUGCUCAAGUCCAUGGUCAAUAGCGACGAAACUGCAGACACUGGAUCAAAUCGACGUGACGAGUUAAGCCAAGGCGUUCCGACGGAUGAGAGCGAUAACGAAGUACCACCAGACCUCCUCGUAUCUCACAAUGUCGAUUCUCAAUCAACGGGCAUCUCGCAGCAGAGUGCAGAGAGACAUCCUUUGACACGGCAGGAUAGUGCAAACGAUGUCCCACCAGAAUUCCUUGCAGAACACAUCGUUGAUUGACAUGGCGUUGAAAAUACCAUUCCCAAUAUACAUCACAACUGAACAUAUCGUAGCAAGCAGCCUUUGUUAAUAAAAUCCUUUUAUGA